AUGCGGUUUGAAGCUAUUAUCGCAUGUCUUCUCCAGACAUGCGUUGCCCUCUCUACCGUAAACCGCAAAGCAUGCCAACACCCAACAAGAAAUCCACUUGAGGGCUGCUCAAACGGCACUAUUCUUGUCGGACCGAACCAAAAGUUCGCAACUAUCCAAAGCGCAAUUCUCAGUUUGCCAAACAACACAACCCCAUACCAGAUACUAGUUCUCCCCGGAAAUUACACAGAACAAGUUAACGUCACUCGUCCGGGGCCUGUGUAUCUUCUCGGACAGACGAAAUAUCCAAAUGACCAGACCAAAAACACUAUCAACGUCAUUUGGCGCAACGCUACGGGCACCGGUGUCAACUCUACUCUGGACAACGCUUAUACCUCCACAUUGACGGUGGCGCCUACGUUCAACUCAAGCCUGACUGGAAGUGGUCCGACUGGAAAUCCCGUACCUGCAGAUACACCGUUCGGAAAUACCGAUUUCCGAGCAUACAACCUGAACUUUAUCAACGACUUCAAGAAUUAUGCGACAGGACCAGCUCUGGCAGUUUCUGUGAGCUAUGCGAAUACUGGGUUUUACUAUUGCGGUUUCUACUCAUACCAGGAUACGGUGUAUAUCGGAAAGCUUGGAAACGCUUACUUCUACGAGAACGAGAUUGCCGGUCAAACUGAUUUCUUCUACGGAUUUGGCACUGCUUGGAUCCAGUCUAGCCUCGUCACGCUCCGCAAUUGUGGCGGAGGUAUCACAGCGUGGAAGGGCACCAACACUACAUUCGUGAACAAAUACGGUGUUUACAUUCACGAUUCAACAGUGAAGAAGGCCAAUUCAUCCCUUGCGCUGACCGGAAAGUGCGCCCUUGGCCGACCUUGGAACGCUCUGCAUCGUUCGAUCUUCGCAAACACUUACCUAGACGACUCGAUUAUUCCAAGUGGAUACAUUAUCUGGGGUGCCACUGAUCCGCGAACAGGCGCUAACACGACGAUGGCGGAGUACAAGGAUUAUGGACCGGGCUGGAACGCGACUGGAAGGGCCGCGGCUAACAUCACCCUCGUGAUGAACAGCAAGCAGUAUGAGCCUUACUCCACGCUAGAGAAGGUGUUCCAGUAUCCGUUUUCGGGACAGUUUGGAAAUGUUGCAUGGAUUGAUAGGAAGCCGGAGUAG